GGAAAAGGUGGAGCCUCUGAGCUCAAACCCGGAAGCGAGAGAGAGAGAGAGAGAGAGAGAGAGAGAGAGAGAGAGAGAGAGAGAGGCUUCCAAGCCUAGAUUAGGAAACUAGGUUUCUGGGAAUCCUAGGCCUGGAAGUCCGCCGCGUGCACCCCCGACACCCCUAGCGGGGGAAGCGGUGGUGGGGCGGGACUCGGAGCCGAAUGUAGCAGGGGCGGGGUUCCAGCGUGCUUGCCAGGCUAGCGGGAGGCGGAGCGGCUGAGAGCGCUGUGGCCCGGAUGUUCGGGCGCUGCGUUCGGACCCGCUGAUCCCCGGCUUCUCAGGGGAACCUAGUGUGGCCAAUGGCUGUCGAUAUUCAACCAGCAUGCCUUGGACUCUACUGUGGGAAGACCCUAUUAUUUAAAAAUGGCUCAAGUGAAAUCUAUGGAGAAUGUGGGGUAUGCCCAAGAGGACAGAGGACCAAUGCACAGAAGUACUGUCAGCCUUGCACAGAGUCCCCAGAACUUUACGACUGGCUCUAUCUGGGCUUUAUGGCUAUGCUUCCUCUUGUUCUGCAUUGGUUCUUCAUUGAAUGGUACUCGGGGAAAAAGAGCUCCAGUGCUCUUUUCCAGCACAUCACCGCGCUCUUUGAAUGCACCAUGGCAGCUAUCAUCACCUUACUCGUGAGUGAUCCCGUGGGCGUCCUUUACAUCCGUUCCUGCCGCGUUCUGAUGCUUUCUGAUUGGUACACGAUGCUCUACAACCCAAGUCCAGAUUACGUCACCACGGUGCACUGCACUCACGAAGCCGUCUACCCACUGUACACCAUCGUGUUCGUUUAUUACGCGUUCUGCUUGGUGUUAAUGAUGCUUCUGCGGCCUCUCCUGGUGAAGAAGAUCGCAUGCGGACUCGGCAAGUCUGACCGCUUCAAAAGUAUUUACGCAGCUCUUUACUUCUUCCCCAUCCUGACCGUGCUGCAGGCGGUCGGUGGGGGCCUCUUAUAUUACGCCUUCCCGUACAUUAUAUUAGUGUUAUCUCUGGUUACCCUGGCUGUAUACAUGUCUGCUUCUGAAAUAGAGAACUGCUAUGAUCUCCUGGUCAGGAAGAAAAGACUUAUCGUUCUCUUCAGCCACUGGCUACUGCACGCCUAUGGCAUAGUCUCCAUCUCCAGAGUGGACAGGCUGGAACACGACCUACCGCUUUUGGCUUUGGUACCUACACCAGCUCUGUUUUACUUGUUUACUGCAAAAUUUACCGAACCAUCACGGAUACUCUCAGAAGGGGCCAAUGGACAUUGAAUAUAAAAUGCCAAAAAAAAAAAAAAAAAAAAAAAAAAAUCCCGAAAAGUAUUCUUCAUUAAAAAAAAGUAAAGAAGAAUUAAAAUGUAUUAAUAGCAUUCUUUCAUACAUGGGAAGAAGAUUGUCCAGAUAUUAUAAUGCUUGUGCUUUAUCUUUGGAUUUAUUGGACCUUGUGGUUACACUUGGAGACUACAGGGCCUCCUGUUACUGUGCUCUGCCUAUCUUAGCUAUCACACCGGAAGCCCAAACAGGCAGGGGUAAUUGCUCUUUGGAGCACGGCCAUGUUUUUGUACACCUGUGCUGAUGGUGUCUCCCUGCUUUUUGUGAAGAACCUUUAACAAGUGUAUUCUGAACUCAAUUGCUGUGGCAUCAUUAUGCCUUCUGUUGUCUAUACAUUACCUUCGAGGAAUUACAAAGGCAGAUGUGCUUGUGGAGUGUGAUGGCAAAAACAGAAACAAAGGAUGUCUUUGUCAAUGGCUAUUUAUUUUCACCAAUACAGUGUUUAGUAAUAUUUCAAAAAUAAAGCAUAAUUUAUAUAACGAACUUUCUGUUUAGAGACAGUUUGGUUGAAGACAUGUUCAGAUUAUUGUUCCUGUAAAGAAGAAAACAAUAAAGAAUUUAAUUGUAAAAUAACUCCAUGUUCUGAUAAUUCUUUUUUGCUACAGUGAUUAUGGAAGUAAUUAAAAAUGUUAAGCAUUA